AUGCGCAGCCGCACCCACCCGCUGGCGCCGGAGCCCGAAGUGCCGGCGGUCACCGUGACCCAGGAGGCUGGAGUUCCGCUGGCUGCGACUUCUGAGACGCUGGUCGCGCAGGACGGAGUUCCCAAGUCGCCGCAGCCCGGCAGCCGGCCGCCACGGAUUUCCCGUACCACCUCACACCACCACCGGGCGGCCGACGCGCCGUCGUCGCUGCCGAAUGUGCCGCGUCUGUCGGAGCUGCCGCGUGUGCUGGCAGCCGAUCCCGACGAUCAACUACCCGGACCUGGCGCUGCUGGAGGUGGGCGAGGGCGCGUCGGAGGCGGCCGGGCACGGCCAUGAUGCGCCGAACUGGAGCAAAUUCAAGUCGGCGUUUAUUCUGUGCACAUGCACAGUCAUAUUCUCCCUGGUGGCUGAGGUGCUGGUGGACACAGUCGAUGUGGUGAUCCAGAGCCUGGGAAUCAAGGAGAAGUAUGUUGGGUUGACGCUGUUCGCAUUGGUGCCCAAUGUGACCGAGUUCAUGAACGCCAUUGCCUUUGCCAUGCAGAACAACAUUGCGCUGUCCAUUGAGAUCUCAAAUGCGUAUACGGUACAGGUCGCGCUGCUGCAGAUUCCCAUUCUGGUGUUCUUCAGCGCUCUGUAUGGCGUGCCUGACAACGUGGGAGGGGUCCGCGAUGUGGUCGCGAUGUGGAUUUCGGGCGGCCAUGGCGGGCGCGGGCUGCCGACCGAUCCCUCGGCAUAUAUGUUUGCGCUGAUCUUCCCGCGCUGGGACCUGAUUGCCAUUCUGUUCUGCGUGUUCCUGCUGACGUACAUGCUGAUUGAAGGCAAGGCCAACUACUUCAAGGGGUCCAUUCUGUGUCUGAGCUACUUUGUCUGGAUCAUCAGCUACACCUUCGAGCCCACACGCGAAACCUCCCCCGCAGUGAUCCAAUCAGGCUCUGAUUAGAUUCUUGUUUUGCUUGGCUGAGUUUUUUCGCCUUGUUUCGCAAAUUCCAGCUCUCCUCUUUCUUCUUGCUGACGCUAUUAUAAUUCACACAGUAUUCAAUUUCAAAAACGAAAUGUUCCAGAAGAGCAAUUUAUUCGGCUCCAACACCAGCAGCACUCAGGCUGACUCGACCAGCAAACCCGCAGAGGCCCCGACAUUCGGCAGCGCUGGCACGGGGAGCCUGUUCGCCUCGGCUAGCAGCUCAGCUGCCACGCCGUCUACUGGCUUCUCCUUUGGCAAACCCGCGGCAUCACCAGCACCAGCCGGCAGCACUGCGUUCAGUGGGCUGAGCUUCGGCAAGCCAAAGGAGCCCGAGACCACACAGGCUCUUGGCAGUUCGGCGGCGACUGGCAGCAUGGGUUUCGGCGGGCUGGGAUUUGGCAAG